UACCGUACAGGCGACACCUACACACCCUCGGUUACAAUAUUGUGUGGUGUAAAGUUCCAUAACGAUUCUGGGAGCUCCGAACGUUGUUUAAGCCGUUUGAUCUUAAGGUGCAGUUGAAAUGGACAAACUCUAGAUCCCCAAGCCUCCUUCCGCUCUCUCUCCAUCCCGGAGUGUCUUGCUUAAUUAGGGCAGCGGUGUCUGCUUUUGCACACAUACACGUUGAUACAUAAAUGAGACUCCCUCCUCUACAGAGCACGCCAUGGCCGCACUGGCCUAGUGAGAGACCCGCUGGGAUCACCCAGUCCGGACACGCCUUCAGCCCCACAACACCACUCUACGUCCGCGAGCCCACAACACCGCUCUACGUCCGCGAGCCCAAACCGGAACAGCGUUGUUUCACGUAUCUGUUUCCGCCCCCCAACAGCGGACUGGUGGUUGGCUGGCUACACUUCCGCCUUGGCGUGGCUGGGAGCUGCGGGUCGCGGCGCCAUGUAUCGUCCUGUGCGAGCGGGUCAGCGGUUAAACUGCAGCCUCCUGGCUCUGCGGAGACACCUCGCCAACGAAAGGCACGACGCGCUCGCUGCACCGGCGACCCCCUUCAGAAUGGCCAGCACAGAAUACAGGAUUGAAAAGGACACUUUUGGGGAGCUCAAAGUGCCAGUUGACAAAUACUACGGUGCCCAGACAGUCAGAUCCACUAUGAACUUCAAGAUAGGGGGACCCUCGGAGAGGAUGCCCAUCCAGGUUAUUAAAGCUUUUGGUAUCCUGAAGAGGGCAGCUGCUGAGGUCAACAAGGACUAUGGUCUUGACCCCAAGAUUGCUGAUGCAAUCAUCCAGGCUGCAGAUGAGGUAGCAGCUGGUAAGCUGGACGAUCAUUUCCCUCUGGUGGUGUGGCAGACAGGGUCUGGAACUCAGAGCAACAUGAACGUCAACGAGGUGAUCAGCAACAGGGCCAUUGAGAUCCUCGGAGGAAAACUCGGCAGCAAGGACCCUGUUCAUCCAAAUGAUCACGUUAACAAAAGCCAGAGCUCCAACGACACCUUUCCCACUGCUAUGCACAUUGCUGCUGCCCUAGAGGUGCAUCAGGUUUUGCUUCCAGGCUUGCAGGCUCUCCACGAUGCACUGGCUGCUAAGGCAGAGGAGUUCAAAGACAUCAUUAAGAUCGGACGCACACACACACAAGACGCAGUGCCGCUCUCACUGGGACAGGAAUUCAGUGGGUAUGUUCAACAAGUGAAGUACGGUAUAGAGCGAAUGAAGGCAGCAAUGCCGAGGGUGUAUCAGCUGGCCGCAGGUGGUACUGCAGUUGGCACAGGACUCAAUACCCGCAUCGGCUUUGCUGAGAAAGUAGCGGCCACUGUUGAAUCCAUUACUGGUCUGCCCUUUGUGACUGCUCCCAACAAGUUUGAGGCUCUGGCAGCCCACGAUGCCCUUGUGGAACUGAGUGGAGCAUUGAACACAGUGGCUGUCAGCAUGAUGAAAAUUGCCAACGAUAUUCGCUUUCUUGGAUCUGGACCCCGUUCUGGCCUGGGAGAACUCAUCUUACCUGAGAACGAACCAGGAAGCAGCAUAAUGCCAGGCAAGGUCAACCCCACCCAGUGUGAGGCGAUGACCAUGGUGGCGGCCCAGGUGAUGGGGAACCAUGUAGCAGUCACCAUUGGAGGCAGCAAUGGACAUUUUGAGCUCAAUGUCUUCAAACCCAUGAUGAUAAAGAACGUGUUGAAUUCUGCACAGUUGCUCGGCGAUGCUGCAGCCUCCUUCACCAGGAACUGUGUCGUAGGCAUCCAGGCCAACACGGACAGAAUCAAUAAGCUGAUGAACGAAUCUCUCAUGCUGGUCACCGCACUCAACCCACAUAUUGGUUAUGACAAAGCGGCCACCAUAGCCAAGACGGCCCACAAGCAGGGCUCCACGCUGAGGGCGACGGCGGUGGCGCUGGGCUACCUCACUGAGGACCAGUUCGACCAGUGGGUCAAACCCAGUGACAUGCUGGGCCCCAAGUGAUGUCAGACAAAGCCAGGAACCAGCCCUUCUUCACUAAACUGAAAUAUUUUGCUUUUCAACGACACAGAUUCCGUUGAACUAUGUUCAGAUGUUUGAAAAAAAUCAAACGGAGAAAAAGUCGCCUAUCAAGAAACAAUAUUGAGACUCUGGUUCACACAUCCAGUCAGGGAAUCUUUAGUUUUCAUCUGAUUAACACAGCCCGUCUACAACGGACGAUGAUGCUGCAUGCACAAGUAACACUUACUCAUCAUCCUUGAGUUAAAAUCCACUGUAUAUGUGGCUUACAUCUCAUACCUGGGCAACGUGUUACAAAUACUUUACAAAUACUUGUGAUUAGAUAUCUUAAGAACCUUCCUGGCUCCAUGGCCUCCGCUACACAGGCCUGCCAGAGAAGUGAGGCACUUUCACACACGAAUCUUAAAAUAAUGUCAAUAAUAUUUUGUCUUUGUUCUUAUAACUGCAACUGCUGUUGGAAUUGACUGCCACGUGUCUUUUUCCAUGUGUGCGCACUGGUCUGUCACCACUGGCGCUGAUGUCAACCAUUAAUCUGGCAAACUGUCAAGCUGGGAUGAGAAAGCAGUGCUACAGUAAGAGCUCCAGUGUUACUCCAGGACAGCGCUGUACAUCUUACCUGAUCUGCAUGCAACUAAACACAUUUUGAAAUCAAGUCUGGCCUGAUCUGUUGUCAGUGUCGGAUGGGUCAAGAGAAUUAGUCCCUCAGAGACCGUUUAAAAGGGGCUAUCAUAGCCUCCUAAACAGCAGUAACGAGUUUGGAUUUGUAAUUUGUAUUGUCUGUGAAAUAAUGGUUGUGCAAAAUGCCUUUCAGAAUAAACUCUGACGGAGGCGACGUCUCCAGUGAGAUGAAGGAA